UCAUAGGGGUAUGCUGAUCAUAUAAAAAGUUUGCACUACUUAUUUAUGUUCAUUUCAACACCGGUUAAUCAAAAUGAAGUGGCUCAAUUUUUCAGUGCAAUUAAUUUGUUGGAUGCCCAGUUUUUUGGCUACUUUUAAUCCUUAUAGAACAAAUGUGGAGUUGCUUAAUCACGAACCGGUAUUAGGAAUAUGUUCAAAAAACGAGUUGGCUUCUGUGGAGGAACUUUGGUUGGACCAAAAAGUGGAUCAUUUUGACAAAAACAACAAUAGAACCUGGAAAAUGCGUUAUUAUCGUAAUGCCAAGUAUUUCAAGCCCCAUGGACCCAUUUACAUAUUUGUGGGAGGUGAAUGGACCAUUAGCCCAGGAUUAUUGAGCACUGGAUUAACCCACGACAUGGCAGUGGAAAACUCGGGAAUGCUUUUCUACACCGAACACCGCUACUAUGGACUGAGUUUACCUUUUGGCAAUGAAAGUUACCGAUUGAGCAACCUCAAGCAACUGAGUCUUCAUCAAUCAUUGGCUGACUUGGCUCACUUCAUACGCCACCAAAAGUCAAAUGACCCCGAAAUGGAGGACUCCAAAGUCAUUUUGGUUGGCGGCUCUUAUUCGGGCAGCUUGGUGGCAUGGAUGACUCAACUGUAUCCGGAUUUAAUAGCUGCCAGUUGGGCCUCCAGUGCACCAUUAUUGGCGAAAGCGGAUUUUUUUGAAUACAUGGAAAUGGUCGGCAAAUCAAUACAAUUGAGCUACGGCAACAACUGCUCUUUGCGUAUUGAAAAGGGUUUCAAAUUCUUGGUAAAGCUAUUUGAUGGUGAUGAAAUUCAGGAGCUGCUCUAUAAUCUUAAUGGCUGCGUGGGCUAUAGUCCAAAGAAUCCUUUGGAUAGGGCAGCUUUCUUCAAUGGACUGGGAAACUAUUUUGCUUUAGUGGUACAAAGUUAUAGUGCUUCUAUACCGCGGCUUUGUGAGACUUUGAUGAGCUUAGAUUCAAGUGAUGAGCUGGCAUUUAUAGAAUUCUUGAAACUGCUUUAUUCGGAAGGAAGGCGCUCCAGUGAUUGCCAGGACUUUGGCUACUCAUCCAUGCUAGAACUUUUCACCGAGGAUUCAGUUCAAAGUUCAGAAACUCGUGCCUGGUUUUAUCAAACCUGCAAUGAGUUUGGCUGGUACACAACUACAAAAUCCAAAUCAUCCGCGUCCCAAGCCUUUGCCAAUCAGGUGCCCCUUGGCUACUUCGAACAACUUUGCCAGGAUGCGUUUGGAGCGGAGCAGACUGCCCACCAAUUGGCCCAUGGCGUUGAGCAGACGAAUAGCAAAUUCGGCGGAUUCGGGUUCAAUCAGAGCGAGCGUUAUGCUCAGGUAAUCUUCACGCAUGGCGAACUGGAUCCGUGGAGUGCUCUGGGCCAGCAAAAGGGUGACCAGGCUAUAGUCCUGACGGGCUACUCGCACGUCGAGGAUUUGUCCAGCAUCCGGGUGAUGGACAGCGUGCAGAUGAAUCUGGCCAAGCUGCGUGUUAUGUCCUUUCUGCGACGCCACAUAUGAAUCAUACCGGAUCCACAUCCAGAUCCACUCGAAUAAAUUAUUAAACUAACAAAUGCGUCGUGUGAUGAGCCCAUUUGAAAAUGUCAUGGGAGCAGCUCCUCGUGUCCUUUGGCAAACAAAGUGAUAAAUGGAGUGAUGCUUGGACACUAAGUGAUAUGUCUGGUCCGUUGGCUUGCGUAAACAAUUUUCCCGAAUGCGGCAUUCUUGUUGAUUAGGAAAUUGCACUUGUCCUUUGGCUUUUGCAUUUUCCCCUGUUUGUUUGUCUUGGCUUGAUUGGUUGAUUAAGGAACCCAUUGAGUGGACACCUACGCCUCCACUUAUAUAGGUGGUGUUUGUGAAAACUUUCUUGACAUGGAGUAAAGUCUCAAGGUAUUUCAAACAGCCGCCUGGGUAAGAUGUAAUUUAUCAUCAAGGAAGUCUCUUAUACUUAGCCAUUUCGAUAGCUAACUAGAACAUGUAUAUUGCUAUUACUACAUUGAUAACCAAAUCCUAAUAAAAAAAUUCACCAUUUGGCGGAAUGAAGCUUU